AUGACACUCGCAGUCAACCACCAGUUCACCCUCAUCGCGCCUGACCGUCCGGGGACCGGCCUCUCAACCUUCCAACCCAACCGCAAAAUCCCAGACUGGCCCACCGACGUCCUCUCCCUCGUAAGCCACCUCUCAAUCCCCACCUUCCACGUCAUCGCUGGCUCAGGCGGCUCCCCCUACGCCCUAGCCUGCACCAAAACCCUUCCCGCAUCCCGCCUCCUCAGCACAACCAUCAUCUCCGGCAUCUACCCCUUAUCCCUCGGUACCACCGGCAUGCUCCUCCGCAUCAAAGCCGUCCUCUACGCCAUGACCUACCUGCCCACCUUCCUCCUCCAGCGACUUCUCGAGUGGGAAUUCCCCACCACCGAAACCCCAGAGGAAUUCGAGGCGAAGUUCAUGAGCGUGAUGGAGAAGCGGAGUGUGAGGGAUAGGCAGUGUUUGGAUGAUGAGGCGUUUCGGAGGUGUAUGGUUGGUUCGAUGAGAGAGGCGUUUCGAGGGGGCAGUCUGGGGCCGGCGUAUGAGGCGGGGUUGUUUGGGGAGUGGGGGUUUGGGGUUGAGGAGGUGGUGGGAAAGAAGGUGGUGCUUUGGCAUGGGAGAGGUGAUGUUAAUGUGCCGGUGGGGAUGGCGGAGCGGGCUGCGGAGAAGAUGGAGUGUAGAUUGAGGAUUGUGGAGGGGGAGACACAUUUGAGUUUGCCGUAUUAUCAUAUCGAGGAGAUUAUUAGGGAGGUAUUGGGGAAGGAGAAUGGAGAUGGAAGAAGUUUUGGUGUUUAA